ACGACGUCCUCAUCCUUGGCCUCGCUACAACUGGUCCGAUGGAUUCGGCGCGCGGUAGCAUGCGUUUUGCCGCACUCCUGUUGUACCUUGUAGCGGUAGCAAGAGCGUUCGUCCCUAAUAUUGGAGCAGUGCGCUUUCGGGUUUCUACGUGUAGACCAUGUUCCCUGGACUUGGGGUCUUCCCUCAAGCCGUAUCUAGAAAAGCUCAUCGACGGCCACGAGCUCUCAGCCGCUGAUUCGGAGGAUGCGUUAGUUAGUAUCAUGGAAGGUGCGAAGGCGGAGCAGGUGGCAGCUCUCCUGUGCCUGUUGCGCAUGAAGGGAGAGACCGCGACCGAGAUAGCGGGAUGCGUUCGCGGGAUGAAGAGCGUAGCCGUACCCGUGCAUGUGGAAGGAGACUUAUUAGAUAUCGUGGGCACUGGCGGUGACGGCGCCCAUACCAUCAACGUCUCCACGGCGUCCGUCAUCCUGGCUGCUGCAGCAGGAGCGAAGGUUUGCAAGUUCGGCAACCGCUCGGUAUCCUCGUUGUGCGGCUCUGCAGACGUGCUGGAGGCUCUUGGCAUUAGUGUGGACCUCACCCCGGAACAAGUGGCCGAGUGUUGUAACGACUGCAACGUGGCCUUUAUGUUCGCGCCAAACCACUACCCAGCAAUGAAGAACGUGGCCCCCGUGCGCAAGGCGCUUGGCGUUCGGACGUUGUUCAACAUUCUAGGUCCCAUGACUAACCCGGCGGGGGCACAGCGAGUGGUGAUAGGAGUGUUCGACGACGCUCUUAUGCCCUUGAUGGCUGGAGCUCUCAAAGAGGUGGGAUACAUCGAGCAUGGUGUGAUCGUGCACGGAGCGGGACUUGACGAGAUAAGUCCUUUGGGGCCGUCAAAAGUAAUAGAGAUAAGAAACUCUGCUGAAGUUGGAAAGCCGAAGCAAUACGAAACAAAGGAGUAUGUCAUCGAUCCGAAGGAUUAUGGUUUUCCUGCGUGCAAAAUGGAGGACCUCAGAGGGGGAGACCGCGACGAAAAUGCCCGAUUGCUCCGCGAAGCUUUAGAGGGCGGCACAUGGACGAGUAACGGAAAGAAGGACGCAAUAACGCUCAACGCUGGAAUAGGGUUGUACGUAUAUGGUUUGGCGCCUACCAUCGAGGCUUCUUUCAAGCUGGCAAAAAGCACGCUGGAAUCAGGAGCCGCCAUAGCUCAGCUGGAUAAAUGGAUUUCAUCAUCUACAAGGAUUACGUCAGCCGGAUGAAGAACAGUUCACCCAAGAUAGGAGAGCGACGUCAACAUGUAACUGCUGACGAUGCCCAGGACUUGAAGCGCACCAACGCCAGGGUGCGUUCGCAUGGGGUUGAGAGCGUUGGCGCAUGUUGUUAAAUGCUGCCACACGGUCGGCAUCGGGGACCUGUGUGAUUGUGUUUUGAGCGAAGCUCAGGUCUGGUGGUUGUUGGUGCUGUUCGUAAAACUUUCCCGUCAAGUCAAGUCACCCGCCGAAAUCCUUCAAAUGGAUGUGAGCUGCCAGGUUGUUAGGUUGUCGCUAAUAUUGACGGCACUUGCUGUGGUCACUUGCAGCAGUAAUUCUAUAGUACAUAUGUUACCAGGGUGUAGGUUUAGGUAUGGCCGAAAAAAAGACUCUUAAUACCGAGAUGCAUUGGUCAUACUAACUCCACACAACAAUUCAUA